CGCACACUUUACGGCACACACGUGCUUCCCCGUGUCCUUCACCGCUCCGCAUCGCAUCCAGAGACGAUCUUUGAUGAAAUCUGAGUGAAAUGAUGGCCAAACUGAGCAAAGAGAGCAAGCAGCGGCUGCAGCAGGUGUUCCAGUGCGGCCAGUUCAUCAUCCGCUGGGGCUUCAUCCCCACCGUGCUGUACCUGGGAUUCAAGCGGGGAGCCGAUCCGGGGAUGCCUGAACCCUCGGUCCUCAGUUUGCUUUGGGGAUGAAGACGCUCCUGACAGAAACCCCAGACCUAUUCACAAACCCGAUGAAGACGCAGACGAGCAUCUCAUGGGACGCUGUGCUGGGAUGUAAAUACCUCACCCAGCUUUUUGUGUUAUUUUAAGACUUUUGCUUCCUCUUUCUAAAACAUUGCAUUGAGAAACACAAAAUGUAACUGA